AUGGGCUCUUGUUUGAGCAAGAACGGGUCGAACAGAUAUGUGCAGCAAGCUGCCAUGGGUUCAACUACGCACACCCCUAUAAUGGGGCAUACAGGCAUGGUAAUACAGCAAGGUGGAAUGCCUGCAGCCGCGCCUCACCAACAGUUGCAACCAAACUGGGCUAAAAAUCAGCAAGCUAGAAAUAGCUUACCAGGAGCUAAUAACCGUACAAUGGUGUCUGGCCUGAAUCAGGGUCGACCAAAUCAACCGAAUCAAUACACUCCUAAUCCCGAACAACGGGGUCCCAGCACAAAAGCAGCUUGCGUGGGGGAAGUGUGAGAUCAGCUGGAGGAACUGUUCAUGGUCAUCAAGGAGGCAUGCAGUCAGGGACUCCAGGGAUGAACAACCGGGAUUCACCUUCCAGCACUAACAAGAAUGUUUUCAUUGCCAAGUUUGACUAACACUUGUCAAACAGAUGACGACCUGCCAUUCAAGUGACUUUAUGUUACGAAGGGAGAUCUGUUGGAAGCGGAGAGUACGAUGGGGGAUUGCUGGAUGGCCACACAUAAGGCCAAUGGCAAGAGAGGAUACAUACCCUCCAAUUACGUAGAGUCAUACAUAUCCCACAGAGCAGAGCCAUGGUUUAUGGAAGAAAUAACGCGUCUAUCAGCCGAAUGCAUGCUACGAGAGUGUGCCAAAGGCACCUUCUUAGUCAGACCUGCCGAGUCGAGGAGCAACAAGUUCUCUCUCAGCGUCAAAGACAACUCAGAGGUGAAGCACUACCGGAUCCGAAUGAACGACGAAGGCCUGCUCUUCAUAGACAAGAGGAGCACCUUCCCUAACCUAGUCCAACUCGUAGAACACUGCAAGCAGCACUGCCAUGGUCUAUGUGUGAAGCUAGUGGCUUCAAUAGAGCAAAAUGAGGGUCCAGUAAGGACUCUUCAGAGUCUGUCGAAAUCACAUGAGGUGAAUUGGGUGAUAUCGCUGAAGGAUCUCCAGUUCGGAACCAAGCUGGGAUCCGGACAGUUCGGAGAGGUGUUCAGAGGUUCCUGGAACGGCAAUAAAGAAGUGGCUAUUAAGACUCUAAAACAACGAACAAUGGACAAAGAGGACUUCAGAAGGGAGUCGAACAUUAUGAAGAAGCUGCAACACAAGAACCUAGUGGCUCUCUACGGAGUGUGCAUAGAGGCUCUGCUGAUUGUGACAGAACUGGCCAAGCAUGGAAAUCUCCUAGAAUUCUUCAAAAAAAAGCUGAACCAAUAGUUUGUGUGGAAGCUAGUUUCUGGUUAGACAACAAGGUGAGACACCAGCUGAACAGUCUGGACAAAAUCUUCAAGGACAGAGUGGGAGGGGAGAAAACGGAGGCCAUACAGCGCAUGUACAAGCAGAUCACUCAGGAGAGAAUGGCCAUAGCUGCGGAGAUACGAAAG